CAUCAACUUUGAUUUCGAAUAUUUGAUUAGCUGUUUGAUUUCCAUUCAUCAUCAUUCUUUAACGAACGUGUAUCUGUUGAUGAAUUGAAUCCAUAUCCUCCCAAAGCCUCAAAGAAAGAUGUAAUCAUAGUAUUAAAACCAAUGACAAAUGCAAGCAUAAUGUCCGAACCGAACACAUUGCUACUACAUCUAAAACUCGAUCCACUAGGAUCUAAACUAGUGUCGUCCAAUUUUGUCUCUCACAUUCAACCAUGUUUCUCCCUUCCUUAAAACCCCACCUGGGAAACAAUCGAAUUCUAACAUUACUUCAAACAUCCAAAACUUUUUCUCAGAUUCUUCAAAUUCAUGCACAAUUAAUCACCACUAAUUUCCUUAAUGAUCCAUUAAUUACUGGCAAAUUGCUCUCCACAUUAACCUCAAAAUACUUAAACAUCACUUAUGCAGAAAGUGUAUUCACUCAGGUUCUUGAACCGAAUACUUAUAUGUAUAACACAUUGAUAAAAGGUCUUAUGUUCAACUCAAACCCCAAAAGGGUCUUUCAUUAUUACAUUAAUAUGCGUAGAUAUGGACUCUUUGCUGAUAAUUAUACAUACCCUUUUAUCCUAAAGGCUUGCGUAGACCCGACAAUUUUGUACACGACACGAAAACAUGACAUGGACAGGAGUGGGUUGAGUGAAGGAAGACAAGUACAUGGGGAGAUUAUAAAAGGGGGUUUUGAGGGGGAUGUGUUUGUGAGAAAUGGGUUGAUUGGAAUGUAUUGUAAAGUUGGAAAAAUGGGGUUUUCUAGAGUGUUGUUUGAAGGGUUUAGUGGGAAGGAUUUGGUUUCGUGGAAUUUGAUGUUGAAUGGGUAUGUAAGGUGCAGAGAUAUGGGCAAUGCUGAGAAGUUGUUUGAUGGAAUGCCUGAAAGAGAUGUUGUGUCGUGGUCUGUUAUGAUUGAUGGUUACAAGAAAAUGGGCGAUGUUGCUCAUGCUAGAGUUCUUUUUGACAGCAUGCCAUCGAGGGAUUUAAUUUCCUGGAAUUCCAUAAUAGAUGCUUACGUAAAGGCCGGAGAUAUGCAGUCAGCUUAUGAGCUGUUUGAUGACAUGGAUGAGAAGAAUGUGAUUUCUUGGAGCAUAAUCAUAGAUGGUUAUGUUAAGCAUGGAAAUCCAAAGAAAAGCUUGGACAUCUUUAGACAGAUGCUUUGUCAGGGAGUAAAACCUGAUAAAAUAUCUAUUGCGGGUGCAGUAUCAGCCUGUGCCCUGUUAGGUGCUCUCGAUCAAGGAAGAUGGAUUCAUAUGUACACAAAGAAGAACAAAAUCAUGGUAGAUAUUGUAGUUCAGACUGCUCUAAUGGACAUGUACAUGAAAUGCGGUAGAGUUGAGGAGGCUACUUUAAUAUUUAGUGAUAUGAAAGAAACAAAUGUUGUUACUUGGAAUGUGCUGAUAUCUGGACUAGGAAUGAAUGGAUAUGGAAAGGCAGCUUUAGAUUGCUUUAUGCAGAUGGAGAUGACAGGAAUACCGAUGGAUGAUUUAAUUUUUGUUAGUGCUUUGACAGCAUGUAGUCAUGCAGGUCUUAUUGUAGAAGGGUUGGAUAUCUUUUGCCAAAUGGAGGCAUGGGGAAUUGACCCUAAGAUUGAACACUAUGGCUGUUUAGUUGACCUUCUUGGUCGUGCAGGGCAGCUAGAUAAAGCUAUAAGUAUUAUAGACUCCAUGCCCAUGAAACAAAAUGCAGAGCUUUGGGGGUCUCUUCUACUGGCUUGUCGAAUUCAUCAUAAUGUAGUUCUUGCUGAAGUUGUCUUAGAGAGACUGAAGGAACUAAAAGCGGAUGAUUGUGGUGUUUAUAUUCUCAUGUCGAAUAUUUAUGCUGAUGUUGGAAAGUGGGAGGGUGUUGGGAGGGCGCGGAAAGUAAUGAGAGAACGAAAAUUGAAGAAAAGUAGUGGAAAGAGUGUCAUUGAGAUAGGCAGUGCCAUAGAGGAGUUUACAAGUGGCCAAGGAUUGCAAAUACAGAGCGAGGAAAUAGCUAAAGUUCUUUGGAGCUUGUUGAAGGUGGAGAAUUUUGAUGAAUGAGCUGUAUCCUAGUCCCUAGACAAUUAGCAAUAGCAGAAUGGGGAACCAUAUUAAAGUCCAUGGCUCCUCCGAAACAGAUCCUAAGAAGCAUGUUUUACCCCAAGGGAGAAGAAUACUUAAAUUCAAAUUCUAGGCCUCCAGAGAUUCUUCAACUUUAUAAGAUUUACCAGGCAAUAAUAGUAAACCUGUUAGAUUGUUGUAAAUGCUUGAGUUGUAUACAAAAUUGCACUGGAAUUAAACAUCAUGUUUUGAAGUCAAUAAGCAAAGUAAAAUAGCAACGUUUCGGGUAUUAGCAAAUUUGUAAGCACCACGCUGAGAAGCUAACAUCAUGCCUUUUCAGUUGCAGGUAUGAUUCUCAGAAGGAAUGCUCUUGCUAAUUUCCUUGAAAAGAGGAAAGAUGCUAUUACGGGCGAUUAAGAUUAAUGAAGAUUGGAGAUGAGAGAUUAAGAUCAAUGAAGAUUGGAGAUGAGAUUGAAAUUAUAAGGAAAGCCAAGAGUCAAGAGCACACAAUCUAGAGUGUCCUGGAGUAUCGUUGCAGGACUCAUCUUCAAUGCAGUUUAGUCUGCCUGCAGCGUAACUUUAGUAGCCACCUACCUGCUCAAAUAUAAGUGGCACUGGAUGAGAACAUUUGAUGUUGAUCAAGUUGUUUACCAAAAAGUUUCAUAGAUAAUAUACCAGGGAGCAGGUUCAAAAUUGUCACAGACCUUGAGAAAUUUUCUUUCCUGAUUACUCACAUGAGGAAGUUCAAUGUUUAUGGUCCAAGUUUUGCAAUAUUGUUUCAGGAUAUCAACUUUCAUCAUCGGAAGAACUAAAGUCUGAAGAUUCGGAAUUGUUUUCACGAUGAUCUGAAAUGCUUGGAAACAGGUUCUUUGGAAGGGUUGGUGAAGGUGUUUGAGGAGAUGCUUGUGAAGUUGAUGAUACAUUUGAAGUCAUUUUCUUGGUAGUCUUUAUUGAGUUUGCUGAAGAUUUUUUCACCCCAUCACACACUUUAUCAACCAUUGCUAAGAAAUCCCGAACAAUCACAAACAAACGCAAGCCUUCAUCUUUUCCUGCAGUACCAUGGAAGUAAUCACUUGUGCUUUUGACAAGAGUACUUAUCUUCUUUUCCUCUUCUAACAACCAAAUGAUAUCAUCUUCUGCUUGCUGCACAAAACUAGCCAGUGUCACGCGGAACUCACUUUCUUCAUCUAAACUGCCCAUCUCAUUUUUCAAAAAAUCUUUGGACUGUUUCAGUGACUGGCCUAGUUUGAGGACAGUUGACUUCAGCGUGUCACCGUCUACAAAUGCUGCCUUCUUUACGUGCUCAAGCUCACUGCUUAAAUUUGAAACGACCUCAAGACCAAGGCUGCGUACAUACUCUGCUGUUUCCUUUGUUGAAUCCUCAAGUAUAUCUUCUGUUUUUACGCUAGUGAGGCUUUGGCUCCGUCUUACUUUACGCGCAGCUCGUAUGCCCUCAGUUCGAAUUAUUUCAAGAACGACAAAGUGAAGAAGCGUGGUCUUCCCAUCAGUACCCUUGACAUCUGAUAGUUUCAAGAGCGUGUCAAGCUUAAAUGCUUGUGCACCACCACGGUAAGUACCAACAUUCAUACGAUUUCCAGUUUUAAGGACCGCUUCUAGGAGUUUAAGGAACACCCUGCUGCUCCUUAUCUCAUUGCAGGCUACCUGCAAUUAAAACGGAGCAGUCUGACAUAAAAAAAACUAUCUCAAUUAAGUUCAUCACUUCAUCUGAGAAUGCCUGGGCUCGAAUUAUUUCAAGAACGACAAUUCUUAUCGCCUGCUAAAUUGAUUGAAAAUUUAUUGGGGUGGACUUGAUUAGAUGAUAAUUCAUUAAACUUGUCAUAUUUGAAAGUAAUAUGAUACCUCUAUGUUUGCGAAAGAAUGUUUCACAGAUGCAACCUCCUCCUGAACAGUACACAUAAACAACAAUGAUUCCAGGCGCUUAAAGGCAAAAGGAAUAUCAACCAUGGUUUUGAGGAAUUUUUCAGCAGGACCAAGUUGAGAACGAUCCCCAUUGAAUAACCUUAGCUUCAAUUCUUCAUCUGUUGUUGGUGCCAUCUUUAACAAAGUCUGAAUGAGCUCAGCGGGAAGCUCGUUGCCUGGUAAGAUGAUCAGGUCUCAACACUUAAUACUUGUUCUGAAUUGCCCCAGGAUGGUGCUUAAGUUAAGGGCCAUAAAAACAAGAUAUACUUAUAUAGUUACCUUCCAAAAUGGCCUCACAAACUUCAUCAGUCGUCACAUUCAGCGCUCUUAACAGAAUUGAUAAAUUUUGUGCUUUCCUGGGAUCAAUAAUUUGAAUAUAUUUUGGUACUUCAAAAGGUGUUGGGUGCUCUUUUUUACGCUCAAUUUUCUGUUGCUCUUGUGCUGCUUUAUAACCAAAUAGACUUUCCAUCAAAUCCUCGUUGCACCUGCGUAUUUAGGAAGAAUUCAACAACAAUCGUUCGAACUUCAUAGAUUUAUAUAUAUAGGUAUGAUGCACAUGUGAUACAAACUAAAGUUCUUACUGGAAGGAUCCCGCUUUGAUGUCAUGCCAAACCAUUUGUUGGUCAGGGUUGGCAAGAACCUUGUCCCAAAAGAAUGGCUUCAGCUUUGUUUUAUCCUCACUGCUUUCAGCAGCACUUUUAGGGGGAAGCCUAGGUCCAGGAGGUGCAGGCUUGGGCAAGUUUCCAGGUUUUGGUGGCUGAGGUGGUGGACGAGCAGCAGGCUGUGGGGGUGGUUGAGGUGGGGAAGCCGGAGGUUUAGGGGCAGGGGGAGGAGGGGGUGUUGGCGGUGGAUGAGCUGCUGGGGAUGGAGGAGCUUCUCUUCCAGGAGGAAGUGGUAAUUUUCCUUCUCCAGAUGCACCUAAUGAUUGACCUUCUGAACCUCGAUUGCUAGACCCAAUGUUCAAGUUACUUCCAUUAUUUGAGGAAUUGGAUCCUGUUUUAUCCGUAUUUCCAAUAGCGUUUGGCAUUCUUGAAGAACCUGUAAGGUAUAACACUGUAGUUAGUAAGAGGUGCAACGAUGUUUAGAUCCCUUCACCAAAAAGUUAACACUACAUAUACCAGCAGAAAGAUCACUUGAAUAAAGGUUAAGGAGAGGCUUGUCAUCCCUCUGCCCGUCUCUUGCCCCAAGUUUUUCCCUCCUGCUCUUGAUACAGCACAACAAUAAGAGGGCAACGACGAUUACUCCUGCCACCGAACAUCCAGCAAUAACAGCUGAUUUAUCAUCACUCUUUUUACUCUUAUCCUUUGGUUUACUAGCGGAGGGAGCAAGAUGUUCUGAACGAUGCUUGGCAGGCGAAGAUGCAGGCGGCUUAAUUUUGUUUGGUGAAUGAUUAGGUGCGUUCCCUUUCCCUGGUGGUGAAUAUUUUGGUGAUUUACUUUUUCCUGGCGAUGGAGGCGCAGGUGCUGGUGACUUACUUUUUCCUGGGGACGAAGGUGCAGGUGAUUUACUAAUUUUUGUUGGUGAUGCUGAUGGUGAUAUCCUUUUCUUUGUUGCUGAAGAUUGAGGUGAUAUGUUUUCUUUUUGCACCCGUUUCAAAGCCGCUAAAGGAGGCUGAGUAUUUUUAGUCUGGGAGGGGGCAGAAAUCUGGAGAACUGACGCUGUUGAUUCUGGAGAGGUGAUAUCAGCAGGACCGUGAGAUGCAUCAUGAAGUGGGUUUGGAGGUAAAGAUCUGUUAGGUUUUAUGGUUAGUGUUGUGGAUGCAAAUUGUGGAGUAGCAGGAGCCGAUGAUUCAUUAUGGCGACUAGGAGGUUUAGGAGAAGGUGCUGCUGUAGGCUUUCUUUCAUUAUGUUCAUGUUUAUGGUGAUGAUGUUUAUGGUGAUGCUCUGUGUGAGUAUUUCCUUGAAGAUACCUUCUGGGAACAAGAGGCCAGUCAUAAAACAGCUUAUGCCAAUUGAUGUUUGCAGAAUUCGUCUCAGACGGUACUGAUUGAGAAAGUUCCUUGUUUAGGCAGUUCAAAAGAGUGUCUUCCACACGAGGCAAAUCAGCGAUAGCCUUGUGUAGAAUUCUCUUCUUCAAUAAUUUGACAUCCGUUCCAACCUUAUUCAGAGCAGGUAAAAUAAACAAGUCAGAGUCUUCGUAAGCCUUUGCAAAUUCUAGUAGUUCUUCCCUGCACUGACGCCACACUUGCUCUGCCUGAGACAUUAUCCAACUGAUCAGACGACAUCAACAAGUAAUAGCAAAUUCAACCGAAAAUCUGAUGCAUACUACAGUAUUCAGACACUCCUGCGCAGAAAAUCUUGAGUACGGUUUUUUAUCUCUUUGAUUCUUACAUAUUUCAUUACAUUUUACUAUUACGAUGAUUCAAGCAAAAUGCAUAAAUUAACUGAGGUAUAGAAAUCAUAUUAAAGCAUAACAAGAAGCUGAUUAACCACACACUGUGUGUUGAGUGUAAAUGUGCAUGAGAAAUAAUAGUGAAAAUCUUUUCUUGAUCA